AUACCGUAAUAUACCGUAUACCAUAAGUGAGGAAUCCAUUCUGCUUUCUAAUUCUAUACAAGCCGAAAGAGUUGCUGAAUUCGAAAUAUCUUCUGUCUUUUUAUAAAUUUCAAAGGACUCAUGCUACCUGUACACAAGAACGAUGAGCUAUACAAGCCUAGAUUCAAAUUAUGGGCGAAACUUCAAGCGUGGUGGACGAUCAUCUACACAGAUGUGACAUCCCGGAACCUCUUUUUCUUCUUAAUUCUGAAUCUAUCCUUUGCAUUUGUAGAGCUGAGUUAUGGCAUUUGGUCAAACAGCCUUGGCCUCAUCUCCGACUCCUUCCAUAUGUUCUUUGACUGCACUGCCUUACUCGCCGGUCUGGUUGCUUCUAUCAUCUCAAAGUGGAGAGCCAAUGAUAAAUUCUCUUAUGGAUAUGUUCGAAUGGAAAUUUUAGCUGGAUUUGUGAACGCUCUAUUCCUUCUCUUCAUUGCAUUCUUCAUUUUCUCUGAAGCUGUCGAGAGAGCUGUGGAGCCGCCUGAAGUCCGUCAUGAGAGGUUAUUUAUUGUCUCAGUCCUUGGGCUCAUCGUGAAUUUAGUCGGUAUUUUCGCCUUUGGUCAUGGGCAUUCGCACGGUGGAGGAGGUCAUGGUCACAGUCACGACACUCCGGCCAAUGGCGGUCAUGGUCACUCACACGUAGAGAGCUUGAGCCAUUCUUUGGCCAAAGACAGUCAUGGUCAUGGUCAUUCACAUGGUGGACAUGGGCAUAGUCAUGGUUUAGGUUACAAGGAUGAAGAUUCAGAACACCAGCACACGCCACAAGGAAGCUCAAAACAAAUCCUGAAAGGUGUAUUUCUUCAUAUUUUGGCGGAUACUUUAGGUAGUGUUGGUGUGAUUAUAUCAGCCCUUCUCAUAGAGUACUUUGGUUGGAUGUGGGUUGAUCCAGUAUGUUCCAUGUUUAUAGCUGUGCUUAUUAUGGUCAGUGUCUUGCCAUUGCUGGUUGAUACAAUCAGUAUUCUAAUGAUGAGGACUCCUAGCGAGAUAGAGCUAGAGCUACCAAGCUGCUAUCAGAAGGUAGCAAACCUCGAGGGUGUGUACAGUAUUCAAGAUAAACAUUUUUGGACUCUCUGCACCGACGUCUAUGUUGGUACAAUGAAGCUGGAGGUCGGACCCAACGCUGACAUCAAAUACAUCAUUACUCAGACUCAUAACAUUUUUUCACAGGCCGGUGUUAGGCAGCUUUAUGUGCAGACUGAUUACAGCAGCGUAUGAUGAUAACUCCGACCAAAUCUUCUUUUAAUACUUGCCCAUAACAACGUGAUGAGUGAUACCUCAGCAAACAAUGUCAUAUAGUGGACUCGGCUCUUCAGGUGCACCAUACUGUGACAGGAAGACUGAUGGGUGGAUUGAUGAUUGGGUCUUCAUUUACUUUCCAUUUUGUCUCAUCUCACAUGGUCUGGUCCUACUUCGUCUACAUCCAGUUAAUCUACUUAACAUUUGGUCUCAUUGCCAUUUACCAUUAAUAGAAAUAAUAUGUAACGCUUAUAUAGCGCUUAACUGCAUACUAUAACCCUGACUUCAGCACGGCGACCCUGAUCGGGCACUCGAGGAUUCAAGGAAUUCCUUCCUAUCUCAGGUACCCAUUUACUACACCUGGGUGGAGAGUGCCAAAGGAUGCGAGUGCUGCGGUGGGAUUUGAACCCCGGACUUUGUGGUUCAAAGCGCGGAGACUUAUCCACUGAGCCACAACACCUCUACAAGUUUUCUCCUCUUCAUCUAAUGUCCACUUGGUCUGACACCACAAAUGGUUGGGUGAAACCUUAAUGAAACAAUUUUCAUUUUACAAAAUAACAAAUAUUAAGUAAACUAAGUAGAAAUUAGACCAGCUGGGCAUUACACUAAUGGAAAUUAGACUAAGUGAGUAUUAGACCAGACAGCAAUUAGACCAAAUAGGUUUUGCCCAUGUGGUUUUAGACUAUCUGAGGAGUAGACCAACUGUUUGUAGAACAAGUUUAUAAAAGACAGAUGCUUCCUCAAAUGUUGGACUAUUUGUAUUUAUUUUGACAAGUCAACUUUACUGAAGUUAAAUCUAAUGUGACUGCAGAAAUCAGUUUCAGAGAAAUUCAAAAUUUAUGUGGUUUGUGCCUGUGAAUUUUAUAGGUGUCCUCAACUCGACAUUAAAGCUGAAUCGAUGGAAUGACAGAAUUAGCUUCAAUUCAGGAGAAAAACUGAGUUUGAAAACAACAGAAUGUAAAGAUUAUAUCUAAAUCAACAUAAGUCUCUGAUUUGAUAUUUGACGUCAGUGAAAGUGACGGGGGCUGAGUUGAUUAAACUCAUAACUUUAUACUUAAAUACUAGGAAGAAUUCUAUUGAAUUCUGAAAUAAUGUUCGUAUGUGUCAAGAUAUUUCUACACUUAUUAUUUUGGUAGCCUUGUGGUAUGGUGUCUAGACACACUCCGUUUGAUUACAAGAUAAUGGGUUCGAGUACCACCAGUGUCAUUCCUUCCCACCAGUAAAAAAAUCAUCUACAUUGUACUGCACCGGACUCAUAGUUGAUUGGUAUCUGGAAGAGAUUUGGAAUUCCUUGAUAUGCUUGUGUAUCAAGAUGGUAAUAGAAAGUUUUAGUUUUGCAAGUGUACAUAUAAUGAACUGCUACAUAGUGAUAUCAUCUCAAGGUGCAGAGGCCAGUGGUCUCUCCCUCGUCCACUAUCAAAACCAAGAAUGUGAAACAAUGAUUCUCGUGUUGUGUAUCUAGGGCUAUGUAACGCAAAGAAUAGCUAUCAAUUGCUAAAUGAACUGACCAAUCAGUAUCAAUGUUACACACGCAUUUGGUUUAAAAUACUGAUCAGGGACCGAUCAGUGCGGUUCUUUCAUAUUUGCAAUCCAUCACAAACCUUUGUGUUACGGAGCCUAGGACGCACUUCACUAGCAUCUACAGGCUUUCACAUGUGUGACGUCAUUGUAAGCCGAUUUCCCUUGGUUGUAACAGUUUAAAGUAAUCUAAAGGUUUUAACUGUAGUCAGUGGGUCCACCCGACUCUUUUAUAUGUGUACUCUAUCUGAUACACACACAAACUCGAUAACUACUUAGUGAUGUGUACUCUAUCUGAUACACACACGAACUCGAUAACUACUAAGUGACUGAGCAUGACUGCUUGGUUUGUAGUCACAACCACAACUGACUUUAUUACAUACACUGUACAUGGCUACAUAAUGUGGCAUGGUGAUAAUGGAAGUAUGAACCAGAUGGAGAGAACAAGGGGUUGUUCAUGAUGGGGGUAAUACAGUAUGGUCAAUGAUUACAUAAUAGGUCUGGAGGAUGGAGACAUGGAUGAAGGUGAGCCUGGGAACAGGUAAAACAGUAGGUGAGAUUAUGAGGCUUGAGGGCUUGAAUGAAUGACAUGAUAGAAUGAGAGGAUGACUUGAUGAAGAAUGAAAUGUGUGUAUGAACACAAUACCGAUAUUGACAUGGUGUUGCCAUUCCUGAACUCUUAUGAUAAUAACACCUUGAGCACUGACCUCUGUAGAGUGGAAAGGAGUGUUCAACAUCAUGAUCAUUAUUCUUACUAACAUCCUUGGUUGCUGUAAUUUUGAUAAGAUUCUUUUUCUUCUGCUAUACAUAUAUUUCAUAUUUAUUCUUAAAUGCCUUUUAACAUCAAUAUAUUUUUGGUGUGGGUGAAUGCUAAUGAGGAAAAAAUUUAGUUCAAACCAACAAUGACUAUGACGUUCUUUUGUGUUGCAGUGAUAUUGUAAAUUCCAUUUCUCAGAACCAAAAUUAGAAAUUCUCUGCACGUAGUGAAUUCUUUUUAGAAUUCUGGGUAUGUGGUGUGAUCUGUGCCUAGGAAUUUAUCUAGCUCUGGCAUUUCAUUCCAAAACAUGUACAAUGAAUAGGGGUCAUCCAGAUGAACCACUGCAUAGUGGUUUCGUGAAUACUGUGGGUAUCAUGGUGGGUUUCCAAGAAAUCUGAAGAUAAUGAUGACAAAUAUAAUAUGUGUAGACCAUUGGGCAUGGACCUGUCCACGGAGGAUUAUCUAUUGUUACUGGGGGUGCUGUGACAAAGUUCAGCAUCCCCAGUAAAAAUAGAAUAAUCCUCUAUGGCCAGGUCCCUGCCAUUGUGCAUGAGACUCCUGCAUAAUAGACUCUUGCACAUCCCCUCAAAAUCUCUUUCUGUAUCACAGCCUAUACUCGUAUAAUGUAAUUAUAUACACAAUGCCUGGUGACCUCACGCCAAGCCUUGGUUCCCUGUCUGAAAUCACACAUAAUGUGGCCUUUGAACUUGUCAUGUCUGCAUGCACGUUGGCACUUUAGGAUGUUGUUAGGUUUAACUUUUCGUUAAACACCCCCCACCCCCCAUGUAAACUCUCAAUCAAAGCAUAUGUCAUAUUGGUUUUAUUCUUUCAAAACCGUCAUUCCACAAUUAUUUGUUUAUGACUAAUUAUACAGGUUCCUUAAAAUAUGCUGCAUGUUUGCCAACUCAUCCAUAUUUUUUUCUUUUUCAUGACAAUAUUAGUAUUCAAUAUCUCAGUAACAUUUUAGUAUUAUUGCCAAUUUGAGGAUCAGUAUGUUUGUAAAUCAGUUUUUACACCCCAGAAUGUUGCUUUCCAGUAGUCCGACCUCUCUUGUUCUAACCUGAUGUUCAAUAUGUAACAAUGCUGAAAUUGAAAUGUUUUCUUGACUGAUUAAAAGCCUUGAAUGCAGUGACAGUAGUGACAAUAUUGUACAGGGAACAUACUGGAAUUUUUUAAUGGUCACAUAUUUUUCCUUCCUUUUUUAUGAGCGGUGAUGUAACCACCUGUAAAGGUUACGACAGGAAGUGGCAGCUUUGGGAUAAUUGGCAUAAAACUGAUCAUAAGUGCUCUCAUAUUUUCUAAACUCCAUGAAAUGUCCAUUCGAGACAUCAUUUGACGUUAUUAUUGAAUAUAUUCAACUGAUAUUUUUCCAGCUUAUUGAUUUGUACAUGUACAAACAAUCUGGGAAUGGCAUUUCUUUUCAGUUAUAUGUGGUCCCGUUUACAUCAGAUAUUUUUCAAGUUUUUCAUAUCAAGUUAGUUCUAUAUUUGAUUUUGAAUAUUGUACCGCUAUCUACCCAAGUUUAGUAAAUGGGUACAUGGCAGAAAUAUUUAUUCCUUUUCCUUAACGCUUGUCUGUGACGGCCGGGCCACAUAAAACCAAGGUAAUGAUGACGAUUAUAGCCUUGUGCACUCAACAGAAU